AUGGCGAAUCCACCAGAGCCGACAAAUAAUUCUGUGGCGCUUCUAGCGGUGCGACUACCACCCUUCUGGCCGCACAAUCCAUCCCUGUGGUUUGCGCAAGUCGAAGCAAAUUUUUCCUACGCGGGUAUCACGGUCGACGCCACGAAAUUCGCGCUGGUGGUCAGUCAACUAGAUCACCAGUACGCCGCUGAGGUUCAAGACAUCAUAAUUAACCCGCCGGGAACGAACAGCUACGACCGAUUGAAAGAAGAACUAAUUCGGCGCGUGUCCGCUUCGCAAGAAGAACGAAUCCGGCAAUUGCUUACCCAAGAGGACAUCGGCGAUAAGAAACCUUCACAGUAUUUACGUCAUCUGCGGAGUAAAGCAGACGCAGGUACAGUCCCGGACAGCUUACUGCGCACGAUCUGGAGCAGCCGGUUACCACCACCAGUGAAGGCAGUCGUGGUGUCACAGACUGACGCGUCUUUAGAUGCAGUGGCCGAUUUAGCCGGUAAAAUCCAAGAGGCAACGACGCCGUCAAUAGUUAGCUCCGCCACCGCGGCGCGCGCCGACAACUGUCUCGCGCGCGGAUUAUGA